CAAUUAUUUUUACAGCAAAUGAACACUGCAUCACCAAUUUCUGAUGUAUUAUUAGGAACGUGGAUUAUAAAAGCAAUCACAAUAGAAUCAACCACCGUGGAUGUUUCAAUACAAAACAUAUUUUGAAACAUACCUCAGCAUGGAUAUAAGAGAAAUCAUUUUAUUUAAGUUCAGAGGGAUUCUACAACAUUUCAUUUUAAAUGUGACAAUUUACUAUGGCUUCUAAAGACGUUAAAUACCAUCUAAAAAAUGACACAAGUGGACCCUACCAGAUUAUAAAGGCUGGAAAAUUUUGGCUUCUAAGGAUUAGGGGGAAAACGAAACGAAUUUCUUUUCUUGAAAACGCAAAGGACGUCUCCAUUACCGAAAACAUAUUAGUGGCGGAUGAUGAAAUCUUCGAAAUAGACGAAGAUGAAGACGGACAGAUUUCGUUUGAAAGAGUGGAGGAGUUAUCAUACAAAUCAAAAGACUCUAAACCGCAUUUAAAAAUGAAGGUAAAAGAUGGGCAAGAUAAUUCAAUUUUUAAUGAAAACUUUGGAGAAUGUCGAAAAAUUGGCGCUACUAGAGUCGGUGAAUUUGCCUUGCCAUUAUAUGACGAAACGAGCGAGAAUUUAAGUAUAAACAAAUUAACAAUACAUGACAAUCGCAAAAACAGAAAAGAAAAACAUCUGGCUGAUUCUGAAUUUAUCAGGGAGAAAAGUGACAGAAGUGGAAAAGAUCCUAUAGAAAAAAAAAAGGUACAGCUCAAAACAGAUGCCAAAAGAACUUCCUCCUUGGAUUAUUGUUCCGACCGAGAUGAUAACUUGGAUAAGGGCCACGAGGAGUAUAUUUCUCUUGAAAACAGAAGUACUGAAGUAGAUAGUACAAAGAAGGUUGAAACAAAACAUUCCGCUCUUACAAAGUUGCAAGCUGUAAACAGUGGGAAAACAGUGACCAAGAUAAAAGAGAAAAUACAAAUUGACCGAAUGGCUUGGGAAGUGAUAUCCACCCGCCACUUUUCAGAACUAGAGCAGCUGAAAACGAAUUUUGACGAAUUUAGAUAUGACUACGAGACAAUAAUUGUAACCGCAACUGGAACUUCAGAUGUCUUGGAAAGUCGGUUAAAAGAACUUAGAAAACUUAUUGAAAGGUUUAACAACAAAGAAUACGGAGAAUUGUGCUGGGUAAAUGUCCGUGUAUCUCAGGACGUUUUCGCUUUGUGCAAUGAAAUUGAAAGUUUAGUUGGAUAUGAGUGCUGCAUGUAUGAGCCAAGAACGCAAAAAGUGAUUACGUACUGUAAUACGUACGAAGAUAUACUGAGAGCAAAGCAUUUGCUAGGACUUAAAACUGGCAUGAUAAAACCUAUUGCAAACAGCAGGCGAAGGAAAAGAAUAGAAUAAAAGAGAAGGAAUAAGAGUCGGUUUGUCAAAUGUCUAUGUCACAAAUUGAGUUUCUUUGUUACAUCUGUCCUUUGUAUUUUGUGUCUAUAGCACAACGUCAAAUCUAUCCAAGGUGUCAAAUUUAAAAUUGGAAUAUUGCCCGCUUUGAGAGCGUUGAUCAGGCUGUUUUAUAAAUGUUAAAGUGCUUCCAGAUACAUUCCAUCUUAGUUGUUAUAUUUCUAUAUUUUGAGGUCAUUCAGCACGCCAUUUUUGCUUUGAUGCUGAUACUGUUACUUUUCCAGCUGGAACGUUUCGGCUUGGUAGUUCCAAUACUCUCGCAUUCGUAGGUUUGUAUAUUGUUUAAACACCCUUGAUAUUGUGCAUGCUUUUUAAUUUUGUCUUUUGACAGAUUCUAUGAUAGGCAUACUUGACAACCCGGAAUCCCUUCUUGAAAUUCUAGUUUAUUUGGCUUUGCCCAUUUCCCCCGUUUAAUUCAAAAGGAGAUUAUGCGCCUCAUUUUAUGGAAUUACACUUCAUUCUAUCAUUGAAGGUUCCAUGUGUACCACUGUACACAUCUUCGGAUUGAUCUAAAAAGUAUUCUUGGUACUCAGGGCUGGAAGGCGUGUAUUUCCACUUCAUCGUCCAUGAACAGGCUCAGUCUAACUGGGUUUAUGGCAUGCUCAUUUCUGUUAUGGUAAUUAGAUUAUUACAAACAUUAUGAUCCAUACAUUUUCUUUAGAGUUAGAGUUAACCGUUUUCCGUUUCCUUUUUAUGUACGAUAUAGGACACUGUCAGGAUACUGGUUAUAUGACCCAGGGAAGUGCCUACGCCUUUAGUAUCUUAAACAAUGGUUUGGGUCCAAUAGCUAAGGUGACUAUGUCUUGAACUAGCUGACAAACGAUGUAGAAUGUCCUUUGUUAAAACGUAGAGCUGGUGUGACCAAAUAUCUCGUAUAUAGAAUUUUCCUCUGGCUACCUUGCCUAAAUGAUUUGUGUACCAAUGAUUCGUAAAUUAUUUCUAUUAUGAACUAGACAAUUUCAGGGAUCAGGCAAAUCACUAAAUGUUUCAAACUAACAACCUUCAGUUAACAUGUAAUAAGCUCAAACUCAUAUAGGCUGGAAACUCUAUACUUGACUGGUCUUUUUGUUGAAGUUCCCGUCUGACAAUGUCUUUGAAUCAACAACACACGAGUCCUAUCGCAUAGAUGCUCGGCCUCUGUCCUCUCAACUCUACAUGAUCGCCCUGACUCCUGGAUGCUCAACGCCUAUAUGCUAUCACAUGUAGCAUUCAUUCAACUACCAUAUAGGUAUAUCCCUGAUGCCUUGGCUGUACUUCGCCAAUAACGCUGAACCGUCUAUAUGCUGGAACUCUCCUACUAUCUCAGAAGAUUACCAAACUCUGGGUGUCUGUCUCAGCUUUCCGAUGCUCAGCCUAUAUCUGCUAUCGUCUAUAGUAUUCAACUACCCUUAAGGUAAAACUCCUAUGCGCUGGCCCUAUAGCGCGAAACCUUGUUGAAAUUCUGUAGUCUGUGAACUUGAAACGUCUUCUUUUUAAUAAUUUAUCCUCCCUGACUGCAAUAGUCUCCUUAUCAAGGUACUGGGAUAAAUUAUUAGUUGAAUCCUCGAUGUGUCUUCUUCAACCGCUGGAUACCUAAUGAGCUCUCCUUCUUCUUCGUAUAAGUUUAUUUAUACUCGCUGCCGGGAGACCCAUAUGAGCGAGAAUAUUUAUGCGCCAUCGUCUUCAUCGUAGAGUGUCGACGGGCGUCUUUUCAUGCUGAUCGGUCGUAAUCCUCUCGGAGUACCAUGUUCUGCGUUCGUUGACAACUCUGAACUGAGGAAGGUAAACCACCCUUCUUAGGACCACUGCUCCCGCCCUUCGUUGCAACUCCAACAGCUGACCUCAAUAUAUUUAUGACGACUUCCGGUGGAGCUGCAUGCCUUCUCCGCGAUGUGCGCGCGGCGGGAGUUAAUGAGCUCUCCGUCAUCCAUCUACCUAUUUAUACCCCAGCAGACGUGCGAUUUUUAGAACUUGUUUCUGAUUGGUCCAAAUUUAAACAUAACGUUUUACAACGAGCACUUGCUCUAUCAAAUACCUGGUUCCCUUAAACUUCAACAUAAUUAACCCAAAUCAGCCGCAAAUGGCCCAAAUUCCAUUAUUCACAGCAAUUCAACAAUAAUUAUAGCAAUGCCAACCUGAAAAGGGAGUCAAGCACUAUCUCUGCUUAUGUGUUACGUUAUCAAUAUAUCAAACAUACAAAUUAUUCUGACAGACGCCGUAAAUUCUGUUAUGUCGAACAUUUUUCACUAUUUUCAAAAUUGCUUGGCUGUAAUGUUUAGUAUUAAAAAAGAAGUUUAUUUUACUAUUUAAUCAGAUUUAAGCAAUUAUUAAUCUUUGACAUGAUCAACGUAUAAACAAUAAUUUCAUUGUACGGAUUAGAACAUUUAGAUUUGGCUAUUGUCAGGGUUAUUAUAAAAUAACAAUACAAUUCUUGUCUUUCUUACACAAGGGGUGUACCGUCUCGGUCGCCUAAUGGUAAAUAACCCACUUCGUUUGCGGGAGGUGGUUGGUUGGCUCCAUGACCGCGUCAUACUAAAGACAUGAAAAUGGUUUGAGUAGCAACCUCACAUUGCGCUAUAGUUCAAGGAAAGGUCAGUCCAGUGUCAGUAUUAUGUUGCUGAACGAGGAAUUAUGUCAUUUUUACAGCCUGAUUUUCCAGUUAGGCUGCACGAUAAAGUUGCACUUUACUUUAUUGUAAAAUGUACCUGAUAAUCCUUAAAAAUCUAAUAUUUAAAGGCAAAUUUUACGCGAAUGUAUUUUAAACAAACUAGCUGGGAUAUUUUUAUUUGUAAAACAUGGCCGUAAUCAUUUUCAAGUAUUAUGUGAUAUCAUAUUUCAGUAAAUUUCUCCUUUGUUCGAUGGACUUUAAACAUUAAGCUGACAAUUUGUCUUAAAAUAAAAAUGACAGGGCAAUUCCGAGCUUAGAUUCUGAUGUCCAAAGAUAGAAAACAGAUCGUCUAACAAUGCAGUGUAAACAUAUGAGAGGAGUAACAUUUAUGGAGAGAGAUGGUACCUUUGAUAUAGACCUUAAGCUGACAAUCCCCUCUCUAGGGAUAUUUCUACGCUAUGAUUUUCUUAAAGCACAUAGUAUGAGCUAUCAUUCCAGAAAUUCUGCUAUCUGGCAGCCGGGUUCUUUUCACGUUACAGCCUACUUUAUACGUUACCAUCAAUAUUUUUUAGAAAAUACUGACUGGCACACUACAGUUAGCGAUAAAUGGUUUACUAGCUACACAAUAUGUCAAUAUAUAAAGACAGAAUAUACAGAUUUACAUUUUGCAGGUCAAAUUGACGCUUAAAGGCAUCAAAUGUUAUCAAAUUUGUUACGUUAUCAAAUGUACUUUACCAAAAAGAAAAUAUAAAUAUGUGAUUUUAUAUUUUAUUUGAAGUGUCAAAAAAGAGGUUGCGGUUAUAACAGAUGAGAGCUUGACAUAAUUAUAUCAGUUGUAAGAUAUUUCUAAUUAUUACGAAAAAAUAAGCGGUAAUGUAUAAUAGUAAAGAAGAUGAAAUAAUAUAAUGUUGACAAUAUGAGCUUCAAAUUUAUAAUAAUUAUUUUUUUUAAAAAGUCGAACAAAUAUUUGGGAUAUUGUAAAAUAUUUUGUUUAAACAGAUAUGUAACAUGUACAAAUUCCAUAAAUGUGUACUAUAUAUUUUAAAACAUAUAAAUAUAUUACAAGAUAUAAUUCUAUGUAACGAAAAUUACUAAUUACACAAAUCAUAUAUAGUUUUCUUCAAACGGAAUUUACACUCAAGAUAAACAAGAAAAAUAUGUUUCAUGUGAAAUGACUCUGAUUUCAUUGAGUGAAAAAUAAAAUAAAUAAAUUACAAAUGUGUGGAAUGAUUUGCAGAGAGUGAGUGCUCAAACUUGCUUCAUAUAUAUGACACCUUCGAAUUAUUCAGUCAGUGAUAAUAUUACAGUCCAGUAUAUGAUAAAAACGUCAGUAGAUGCAAGUAAUGAAAUAUAUUAUAGUGACAUGUGACUCGACUAUUGCUAAGAAGGCAUAUUCUUUGGUUCUGCUGUCUAGAGAUGGACUUGGUAACAUAAUUGUUAGAAUGGGUGUGUUUCACACAAUCUGCUCUAUAUUUGGGCCUGUAUGAAAAUUAAUGAAGGACAAUGGUCUUACAGAACUUGUAAUAGAAUCAGGAAUUUGUUCUAGUGGUUCACUUGAUAAAGUAUUACCAGGUAAACGCAACAACCGUACCCUAAAUGUACACAGCACUGUAAUGGAAACUCUUGAACGUUUGCGUCUAUGCAAGUUUGAAGAGGCAAAACCAGCAAUAUUACGGAAACGGACUGAAAGUCCAUGCAAAGGUGUUUGAAAUAAUAAAUCUCCUGACCUUAAGGAAUAUUUCAACAGACAUGGGCAGUUUAAAUCAGAAAGGGUGAAAGUGGCAAAAACUGCUAAAUUUUGAUUAAAGUAUGUAGACAUAAUUCACUUGAUGUUGUUGCUCAUCAAAGCAACACAGAUUAAUGCUUUUGUUUUACAUACAGCAACUGCGUAAAAACUGUGCAGUUUGUUCUUCGCAUUUGAUCGCAAUAAUGAUGCUCGCUACCUCCUAGUUUACCGGUUGAUAUUGAUGAAUAUUGAUCCAGGUGCAGAAGAGCUGAAAAAACAACAAAGAUGAAAAAUACUGUGUGUUGUCUGGUAUUCCUGUAAAAUCGGAAGUCGCUCAUGACCUUAAGACAACUGAAAUGUGUGAAAAGACAACGGAUGGAUUACCAAAAGAAGAUUGACUGAAAAAUCAGUUCCUUUUCAAGACCCCAUUAGGAGAAGAAAACUCAAAACAUUUGCCACAGCUGAAGUUAAUAUACUCAAAACAAAAUACUACAAAUAAGAGCAGAACGCAACGUGUAUGGACAGUUGGUACUUUUGGCUGUUCAGCACAGCAUACAUCUAGAAUUGACACUUUCUUUUCCUCUAGGACCUAUCCCCGGGCCGUUAUAGACACUGCGAAUGGAAUGGCUAUGAAAACAUACAAGUCAAAACUACUUCACUAUGUAAAGGUUGUAGCCGUCCAAAAAAGACGACAUUGUUUUGUUGAUUAACACUAACGCCCUGCUGCAAAGCUUAGUAAGUAACCAUCCCUGCAACAUUCCAAGACGUAGCCAAAGUCAACUACCUUAGACAGCUCGUGUCGAUUUUGUAACUGACACUCACAGUCCUCAGUCGAUCAAAUCAUAUCAG